AAUUUACCCUAAUUCUCAAACUAAAUUACAUCAUGCACUUACAAUGCCUUGAAUGUCUGCAUAUAUGUUGUUAUUCUACUAUAAUGCCAGUUGAAAUCUCUUUUGAAUGUCAAUUUGCAGACUCCUUGAAAUUACCCAGACUCGAGAGGUUGUGUGCUGUCUGCCACCAUUUGGAUUACUCUGGUAUUACAGCACCGGAAUCAUCUUUGAUGUUGCAGGUUCUCCUACCCGCCCCCUUCCCCACUCAGCCUAUCACUGUUGACCUCUACCGGAAGUUAUGGACGAACUCUACGCGGGAAACCAAUGUUCGUUUUGUCUGUGCUGUCUGCUUGUGAACUGGACUCAGCGCGGGACGCAUUAGAAAAGUGAAACAGCGGAAAAACAGUAGCAAGAUGAAGGUGAUAACAUGUGAGAUUGCGUGGCACAACAAAGAGCCUGUCUACAGUCUGGACUUUCAGCACAACUCAGAGGGCCGCAUACACAGGCUGGCCACUGCAGGAGUGGACACCACUGUCAGGCUGUGGCGUGUGGAGAUGGGGCCUGAUGGGAAGGCAGUGGUGGACUUCCUGUCCAACCUGGCGCGGCACACCAAGGCCGUCAACGUGGUGCGCUUCUGCCCCAACAGCGAGCUGCUCGCCUCUGGAGGAGAUGAUGCAGCCAUCCUGCUGUGGAAGCUGAAUGACAGUAAGGAGCCUGAGCAGGCCCCGUCGUUCCAGGAGGAGGAGGAUAGUCAGCUCAACAAGGAGAGCUGGAGCGUGGUCAAGACCCUGAGGGGACACAUAGAGGAUGUGUAUGAUAUCAGCUGGACCCGGGAUGGGAACUUCAUGGUCUCUGGUUCUGUGGACAAUACUGCCAUUAUGUGGGAUGUCACAAAGGGUCAGAAGCUGUGCAUCUUUAAUGACCAUAAGAGCUAUGUGCAGGGAGUGACCUGGGACCCGCUUGGCCAGUAUGUGGCCACACUCAGCUGUGACAGGGUUAUGCGUGUGUACAGUACUCAGAGCAGGAGGAAGGCCUACAGUGUCAGUAAGAUGAGCUCUGGGUCAGCUGUGGAGGGAGAGGUGAAACAGUACCGAAUGUUCCAUGACGACAGCAUGAAGUCUUUCUUCAGGCGACUCACCUUCACACCGGACGGAUCCUUUCUGCUCGCCCCAGCGGGGUGUGUGGAGGCAGGGGAGAACGUCACCAACACCACCUACGUCUUCUCCAGGAAGAGCCUCAAGAGGCCCAUAGCUCACCUGCCCUGCCCUGCUAAAGCCACCCUGGCUGUACGCUGUUGCCCUGUCUACUUCGAGCUGAGGACCAAGAAGGGAGAGGAUGGCAGUGCCCAGCCCCUACCUAACACGUUUGGCUUGCCCUACAGACUGGUGUUUGCUGUGGCAUCAGAGGACUCCAUUUUCCUCUAUGACACUCAGCAGACCCUACCCUUCGGCUACGUGUCCAACAUCCACUACCACACGCUCAGCGACCUCACCUGGUCUCGGGACGGUUCCUUCCUGGCGGUGUCGUCUACAGACGGCUACUGCUCCUUCCUGUCCUUCUCCACUGGCGAGCUGGGCACCCCCCUGAAGGAGCCCCCCGUCCUGGAGGUCGUCACCCCCGGCAACGGUCCCGAGAAGAAGGGCAAGAAGGCUGCAGCGGCUCGCACGGUGUCCCCUGUCCCUAAAACCACAGAGAGCACCGCCACUGUCCACCCCAUCCCUAAAGAGACCCCCAGCACCCCCCUCUCCUCCCUCACUUCCCAUGCCACCCCCCUGGUCCCUGGGGGUGGGGAGAAAAAUAACCCUGGAAAGGCCAAGCCCCAGCCCCGUAGGAUCACCCUCAACACCCUGGAGGGAUGGGGCAAGCCCAGCAACCCCAAAGCCCCUGCUGCUAAUGCCCCCAAGACCCCCACCACAGCCAGCAUCAGCGCCCCCUCCACCCCCCAGCAGCCUCGCCUCACUCCCUCUACCCCCAACACCCCCCUCACCCCCUCUACAGCUCAGCCCUGCCUCACCCCAAAGGCCCAAAGAAGCAGCGGUAACACCCUGGGCCCCAGCACCCCUAAAGGACCCGUCCCCAGACGGAUAUCUCUUACUCCCGUCGUCUCCAGAUCUCCAGCUGCCUUCACCACACCCUCCUCCACGGAGAAAGCCAAACAUGAACGACCCUCUCCCCCCACCGAACCUGUGUGCCAGCCCCCAGAGUCCAAACGGCCCAAGACCAGCACCCUGUCAGCCAAGACCGGGGUGGCUCCAGCCUUAGGGGCCACACCCAACCCCUAAGGACCCCUCACUGCCAAGUGGUGUCAACAUGCAACUCACGUAUUAUCAUCCUUCACAAACUUUCGUCGGUCUAGCCUAUAGAACUGCAUAGAGACUGGUGUCUUGACCUAACUUACACUCACAUGCUCACAAGAGUUCACAGAGCAAAGACUGGUGUUUCCUCCUAAUACAAUUUUCUGUAUGUUUUUGUAGCUUGACGCCCUGAAUUCUUCUGUAGCUCAUUUUGGUGGAUAACCAGGUUGUUGUUUAAGGGAUAAUGCCAGAGAAGCCGGUGUUUGGAGAAGAUAUUGCCACGGGUGUUGUAAGUCCCGAGACGAAGUCGAGGGCCGGCAAACCGUGCCAAUAUAUAUCCCCCAAACACCGGCUUCGAGGGCAUUAUCACUUUUAUACAA